AUGCGGGAAAAGGGUAGUAACUGCGGAUUCGCAUUCAGCCACGCAACCAGUGUAACGAAGGCCAUCACCACUCCCUCACGCAGCAGCCUGCAUUCCGCCACCGUUGGAUCAGAUCCUUCGCGCGACGACUGCGACGUUAACUCCCGACGCCGUGGAAAGCUCGAGCAUUUGUUGGUUCAACUUUCUGGUUCAGCUUUCAACCACCCAACGGGUUAG